UGUUUGGGGCAGACACCAACUGUGACAACACCUCAGGAGCAACUUCAAGAGAAAGGCACAAGAAAGACACUGCUACCCUCCAACGCCACCAUGAAGACCAUCUUCUCUGUCACUCUUCUGCUUGCAGCUCUCUUCCUGGCCACGGAUGCCGUCCAAAUCAUAGACGGCGAUGACAGCUUCUCGCUCGAGUCGGUGAGGGUGCUCCAGGAGCUGGCGGUGCCGUUUGGCGGCAUGGCUGUGAAGGCGAGCCCCCGCGUGUUCAAGACCAGCUACGGCUCCGUCUGUGCCCACCCAACCCUGCCACAGGAGUUUGUGCCCCUGUGUCAGCAGGAAGGAGCCGCCAUGCGCCUCGCCAGACUGUGUGCUGUCCCAAUGGACGUGUGUGAGAUCUGUGCAUUCGUUGCCUGCACCGGCUGUUCAUAGAAUGCUCUCACCCCAGCUAAGCAGGAGAAGCAAGCCCUCGCCAUGAGAAAUCUGAAGCUAAUGAUCUGGCUCAUUACCCCUUCUUCCCAGACAAACACCAUGGCGAACAUCCAUCCACACACACACAUACACACACUCACACUCACACUCUCUCUCUCACACACACGCACAUAUGUCCAAAUCUGUUAUUAACUUACAGCCUUAGUUUCUCCUUACCAUUUUGAGUCUCCAGUCACCAAAUAUAAAGAGAGGGAGUGGUUGCUAAACAUUCAUUUGGAGUGAAGGAACAUCAUGGAUCUGAAAUUUAGGGCAAAACUGCUUACAAAACUGUUACUCUUUUUCAACAAGUUCUGGGCACCCUUUUUGUUUUGUUACAAGCUGAUAUAGUUUAUUUAAUUUAGGUGUAUUUUUCUACAGCAUUAUUUACUGUUUUUGUAUGUUCAUCUCUGCCUUGUGUGUUCAAUAAACUGCUUUCAAAGGUA